AUGUGUGAAGAACCAACCGAUAAACAUACACUUAAUUUAAUUCAUUUAUAUCAACAUAAACUGGAAAAUCCAACUUCAUCAGAAAGUGAAAUAACAGAAGAAAAUGAAUUAAAUUUUGAAAUUAAAUAUAAUAAUUCGUUUAUAUUGGAAGCAGUUUUUUGGCGUUAUAGAAGCUUUAUAGAAGAUUUUACAGUGAGGGGAGAUGAGGUUUUAACAGAUAAUGACGUUAUAGAACAUUUUGGUGAAUUAUUAAAUACUUCGGGUUAUCGAGGGGAAAUUAAGAUAACUGAUGAAAUAGGUGCCAGAUAUAAAGAAUUUUUACUGAACGGUCAAAAAUUGUUAAAUAUGAAGGAGCUGAAGGAAGAAAAUUUGCGUAAAAGACUUUGUUUAGUACACUCUUUUGUUACUAAAUGGGCUAAUGAUUCAAUUUUAAAUGAGAGUUUAAUGUGGAGUUCAAUUAUGAAUACGACGUUGGGAUUGCCAAUUAUUGUAGGUUUUUUCUGA